AUGUCUACAAGUCACGAUACCCGCCCUUCACAAAUGCAAAGCCAGAGUGUAUCGACCACUGUAAGUGAGCCGUCGCCUGGCAGGAUGCUCAUGGAGAAGAACGUGCCAGCGACCCAAGCAACAAGCUUCUACACUACCUCAACUACCAGCGAACGAGCGAUCGCGAACGUCGAACCUUCCUCGCCGUCAAACUUUCCUGCAUCCAAAGGCAAGAGUAACAUCACUACCGAGAAGUGCCUGGCGAGGAGCAGCCAUUGGCAAAGCAUGUCUUUGGGGCCUACCGCGUUCAGUGGGGCAUCUCAGCGACAAACCUCAGUCCAAGGAUGA